AUGUCGGCAACGAAUUUAAAUUUCAAGCCUCCCUCAUCUCCAACGACGGCCGACCUACCCCCUGCACGGCAAGGAAAGAUGCUCAAGCCCGUCUCACCCCCAUUAGCGUCAACGAGGCUCUACCGCUUCAUAUACAUCCUGCUCUUCCUCACCACCCUCCUCAGUGCAUUCUACGCCUACCGCACAGUUCAAUAUAAGAAGGAGGUGGGUGGGUGGUGGAAUCUCGCCUUGGGCAAAAAGCCAGCACAGUUUAAGGCGGAGAGGAGGCCUUCGUGCAGGAGGGAAGAAAGCGUGGAGGAGAGGAUUAAUGCGCUUGCCAAAGCGCUCGGAAUGCCGUCGAAAGAUUUGGCUGUGGCGAUUGCGAGUGCGGUUCGGGAGUAUGUUCCACCAGCGAGUCUGUCGUCCGUGGCGGCGAAGGAGAGUGGACCGGUCGUAGAGGCGCUGGUGAAGGGAAAAGCUGGCGAUCACUCGGAGGAGAGUGCAGAGGCUGCAGAGUCUACUGGAGUGGCAGGCAGAGUUUUCAGUGGGAUUGAGAACUUUGUUGGAAUGGACGAAAUCUGA